UGCCAUGUCAGCAACAGUGCCAUGUCAGCAGUGCCACGUAAGCAACAGUGCCACGUCAGCAGUGCCCCGCCACCAUGACGGGCUCAGUUCUGGGCAUGCCAGGCCAACUGGCAAAUGAGUCCAUUGCCGAGUACCGACAGCGUUUCGAAACUCAGCUCGCACUAAUCGGGGCUGAGGAACAGCGCCAGCUGGCAGCCGAGGCUGUCCGCCUACAGGCUGAAGUGGCGGCAACAGCUGAGAAGCAGCGGCUUCAGGCCGAAGCAGACGCAGAUACCCAGGCACGCCGCAAGGAAGCCCAGGAUCUGCUACAGCGGCAUGAAGCCACCAGCAUCAAAAAGCUCAAGUUUUGGCACUUCGAACCAUCCGAGGAGCACGAUGACGCGACACCGGAAGAGCGGCACAAGGAAUUCAUGGCCAAACUCGUGACCAGGUUGGUUUACACUUGUAACCACCUGCAGUCCAAGCUGGCGAACCUCCAGCGGGCCGUACGGAACCACAAGGCUCAGCACGAGGAUGCAGCACAGGCACUUGAUUCCCGUCUCACGGAAUGGCAAAAGAUCGCGGCAACGCCCGAUCUUGACUUGCCAUUUUCACAUCUGCGCCGCGAGUUCUACAACCGGUCAUGUGCCGCCUUGAGCCUUGCACUUGGUGAUCGCGAGCAAUAUGCGACCUUCGCCGAAAUCAUCGACAAGGCAAGGGAGAUCAUCAAGACCAACAGGGCGGCUGCACACGAGAAGUCAACAUGGCAGCCGACCUAUGUGGAGAAGGUAAAGACUGGUCCGCGGCCGCAGCAUGUCGCUGCAGUCCAAUCGGACAACAUUGUGGAAGACCCGGCAGCCACCCAAGCGUCACGUGAGGGAGAUCAGGUGGCUGCUGUCCAGCCGCGAAGCAACAACGAGUCCCGAGAAAACGGGAAGGCGAAAACCGCAUCGCCGGCCGGAAACGGACAGCUUGCACCAUGGGUCAAGUUUCACUUGACUGAGGCAGACUACAAGUGGCGCGGCCGCUAUGGCUGCUGCUAUUGGUGCAACAACACCAAACACAAGACCUCCCAAUGCUCGGAUCAAGGCAAGGAGGAUGUUCGGGCUCUACCAACUCCGUUGAUGGACGCCGGAGUAGAGGUUGUCGACCUUCACGCCUACAUUGCGAAGAUCGACCGCGAGUUCAAGACACAACGGUACGACGACAUCGACGCACCAUUGUUAUAUGUACGCAUUCAGAUCGGAGAGGCGACCUGCAGCGCUUUGAUCGAUUGCGGAGCAUCUCGCAACUACAUGAGCCAAGACUUUAUGGUACGCGCCAGCCUUGGCCCACGCGUCCGGAGAAAGUCCCAGCCUACGCAAGUCACGUUGGAGGACGGUCACACGCACAUGUCAAUAGACCGGUGCAUAGAUGACGUCCCCGUGUAUUUUGCCCCGCAUGCAAGCGAGGCGGUGUCCUUCGAUAUUUUGGACACCAAAUUCGAAAUGAUCUUGGGCCUGUCAUGGCUGCGAAGCGAGGAUCACCCAGUGAACUUCUACCGCCGCACCGUUCACGUUCGUGAUCGGAACGGAGUACUAGUCCCAUGCACGGUGGCUCCUCCUCACCCUUCGAUCAGCUGCCACGUGGUGUCUGCCGCAAGCAUGCGAGCUUCCAUCAUCAGAGACGACAUCGAGGAGAUGGGGGUGUGUUUUCUCCACGCCCUCCCGCCCCAUGACGCUUCAUCGACGGACUCAUCUUCGGACCCACGCAUCACUGAACUUCUCGACGCCUACGGCGACGUGUUCGAAGGCCCGCACGGAGUAGUACCGGAUCGGCCCAUCCGCCACGAGAUCAUCCUCGAGGACGGGGCUGUACCUCCGCGUGGUUGCAUCUACCGAAUGAGCGAGGAAGAGUUAAGUGUGUUGUGGGCACAACUCGACGACCUUCUGGAGAAAGGCAGGAUUUGGCCUAGCUCAUCGCCAUACGGUGCUCCCGUUCUCUUCGUCCGGAAGAACAACAAGGAUUUGUGGUUGUGCAUCGAUUACCGCAAGCUCAACGCGCAAACGAUCAGAAACGUCGGCCCUCUUCCACGCAUCGACGACCUUCUCGAACGACUGGGCGGCGCCAAGUUCUUCUCCAAGCUUGACCUCAAGUCGGGAUAUCACCAACUCGAGAUUCGGCAGGAGGACCGCUACAAGACCGUGUUUAAGACGCGAUAUGGGCAUUUCGAAUGGCUGGUUAUGCCAUUUGGCCUUACGAAUGCCCCGACCACUUUCCAAGCGGCUAUGACAACGGAGUUCCGACACAUGCUGGAUCGAUUCUUCCGACACAUGCUGGAUCGAUUCGUACUUAUCUACCUCGACGGCAUCCUGGUGAAAAGCCGGAGUUUGGACGAGCAUGUGGAACACCUGCACACCGUUUUGGAGCAGCUACGACAAGCCAAGUACAAAGCCAACCGCAACAAAUGCGAAUUCGCGCGGCAGGAGCUGGAGUACUUGGGACAUUAUGUGACGCCGCAAGGCAUCCGUCCGCUUGCGGACAAGAUCGAGGCCCUCCACGUAUGGCCCGAGCCCACCAACAUCACGGACGUUCGUUCAUUCAUGGGGUUGGCGGGCUACUAUCAGCGAUUCAUCACCAGGUACUCAAGGAUUGCUGCACCUAUGACGAGAUUACAAUCGCCAAGGGUGCCAUUCGUAUUCGAUGACGACGCACGCCGGUCAUUCCAAGCACUUAAGACGACCAUGCUCAUGGCACCCGUCCUUAGCAUCUAUGACCCCACCCUGCCUACGAGAGUGACAACUGACACUUCCGGCUAUGGCAUUGGGGCAGUCUUGGAACAACACGACGGCGACGACUGGCACCCUGUGGAGUAUUUCAGCCACAAAGUGCCUCCCACCAAUUCGCUUGAUGAUGCAAGGAAGGAGCUGCUCGCGUUCGUGAUGGCUCUCAAGCAAUGGCGACACUUCCUCCUUGGGCGUCGUAGGUUCACAUGGGUCACGGACAACAACCCAUUGACCUACUACAAGACGCGGGAUACGAUUAGCAGCACGAUCGGACGAUGGAUGUACUUCAUCGACCAAUUUGACUUCACACCGAAACAUCUCCGGCCUCUCCAAUCGCGCAGCAGAUGCACUCUCGCGAAGACCUGAUCUUUGCGCUAUGACACAUCAUGCCUUCGCAUUCGACGAGGAAAUCCAGCAACACUUCAUCCGGGGCCAUGAGUCUGAUCCGGACUUCGCCACGUUGUAUGCGCAGCUAUCUUCGGAUCACCCGCCGGCCAGCCACUAUCGCAUUGCCGACGGGUACUUGCUCCUCCACUCGAGAGGCAAGGACUUAUUGUGUGUCCCACGAGACCGUCGUCUUCGGACUCGCCUUCUCGGGAAGUACCAUGACUCGCGACUCGCCGGCCAUUUCGGAGUCAACCGCACUAUUGCACGGCUUCGA